CUUUCAAAAUAUUCAAAAAUUCAAUACAUUGUACACCUUAAACAUGUUCACAUCGUUACACUAAAAACUAAUGUUUCAAAAACUAAAAUACUAAAAAACUUAAAAAGUACAUAUACAAGAAAAGUAAAAAAAAAAAACAUAAUAAAAGUUCAAAAAAAUUUGUUGGUCAUUUACACAUUAGAUACAAAUUAUGGCUAAACGUUUUCGGGAUACAGAUCCGCGUAAGCGGGAUAUGAGAUUAAAAUUCAAGAGAUUGGUACGCGCCGUCAUGUUGAACACACAGUGGCUGGAUGAAACCGAUGAGCAGGGACAGGGCAUCUCCAUGAAUGUGAAGAAGAAUGUCGCCUUUCUAGUCAGACAAAAGCGAAAAACUGGCAUACUAACAGUGGCAGAGAAGGCGCUGCUUCGUUCACCUCACUAUUUUCGCACCCUUGAGGAACGGAAAAAGCUGUGUCUCAUUGUAGCAGGUUUAUCAUGUUUCAAUCGAAUACCGCCGAAACUUCGAGCUCGAUUGGUACCAAUUUUAAGAUUUUCAACAGUGGGUGCCGAUCGUGUGGUUAUCAAAGAAAAUGAUUACCCACUGUUUGUUUAUUUUGUGGUUUCCGGCGAAAUUGAAAUGAAAAAGACUAUAUACGACAAGACCACAAAAAAGACCUGUAUGAUAUCGGAGGCUAUUGUUGGACCCGGCGAUUGGGUCGGGGAGGUGGAGUUGCUGGAAAAUUGUCCUAGACUUAACACUUAUGUGACAACAACGACUUGUGAACUUUUGACCAUAACCGAUGAUGAUUUCAAAACGGUCCUGCGACCCUAUAUGAAAAAACAGUGGCUAGAUAAGAAGAAUGCCUUAAAGUCGUUAAGCUAUUUUGAUUUAUGGACUGACGAUCAGAUUGUUCGAGCUUGUAAUUACUGUCAGCUAACACAGUUUGAUCCAUUGCAGUUUAUUUACUCCGAAAACAGAGGUCACGUGAGCUGUGUUCACUUUAUUUUGAGCGGAGAGUGUGUCAUACUACAGUGCCUCAAAAUGAGAGUUAUGAAAGCGAAUGGUAAAACCACUUACGAACUAAUCACAGUUGAUAAUGCUGAUCUAUUUGAGGUUCCAUCAAAAUCUGUAAAAUCGAUGAACAGUUCAUUUCAAGUUUUCGGAUCGAAUCAAAUGUUGUCUAAUUCGAUUUUCAAUAUCGAUGACCUAUUGGCCUCCACGGAAUCGGACGAUGAAGAAACAUUGUUGCAGAAAAAAGCGAAACGUAAAAUGGGAUUGAAAGAAAUUGAAGCCGCAUGUUUUAAGGGUGCUCUUAAGCUAAAAACAAACAAGGUUGUAAACCCGAGGAAAACCAUUUUCCAACGAAGAACGACAAUUAUUCCGAGACGAAGAACGACAAGUAUUUGGAGAACUCGUUCCGUUUCAUUUGGAGACGCUGGCACCAUGGACGCGGAAGACGAGGAUUUUAUAGAAGAAGAUGAAUACGAUUAUUAUGCUGAGGAUUACUUUGUGGAAGAAGAAGUCGAAACGGAAUCUGAAGAGGAGUCUCAGGAAAAUGCCGUAUCAAAGCGAACUACUCGAAGUACUUUUGGGUCACGAUUAGGUACCCUUAAGCCAUCUUUGUUGAGACCGAGCGAUGCACCCAGACAAUCCCAGGGACAGACAGUACGCAUUGAAACUGAAGAUUCGGUUCGUGAAAAAAGUAUCUCAGAUACAUCUAGAUCAACGAGUGUGGAAUCACCCCGAAUGUCGUCCCAAGAGUCAAUCCCUGUAACUGAAACCCAUUUUGUGGAUGUGGGCUCCCUCACAUAUGGCGGCAUAUUCGGCUUAGGUGAGAAAAUUAUUCAUCGCGUUAUAAUGGCUCGCACUGUUGUCCAAUGCCUUCUAUUGCCACGUUAUUGGCUAAUGGAGGAAGAACAAAAUCCCGGCCAUAUCUGGCAACGUCGUAGAUUCUACUUGGAAGGUAGCAUUCCCUCCCGGGAAGAGCUCUUUGGUAAUUUCCUUAAGACUCGACGCUGGGAGAAAUUUAAACGUGAUUAUGUUCAAAGUACUCUCAAUCCAAAUAGUGUUAAUAGCACACAACCCGAAGAUAUACCCAUCAUCUGUCGCAUUGUUGAGACCAGAGAUGAUAUAUAGUCCAUUAUUUAAUUGUUUUACAAAUGUGAACGAAAUUCCAUGUGUACAAUAAAAAAUAGUUGAGUAAAACA